AUGCAAAGUAGCGUCCAACUGACCUGCAAGUCACUCUACUCAGAAUACAAGUUCGACACACAAGCUUUGAUUAUGAAAAAACUAACCAACAAAUUACCCAACUCAACGUUCGAGAAAACAAACUUACCACACCUAGAAAAUCUUAAAUUGGCCGAUCCUGACUUCAACAUAUCUCGCCCGGUAGACCUGCUCCUUGGGGCGGAUGUUUACUCAGAAAUCCUAUUGGACGGAGUACUCAGAGGCAAACAAUCGUCUCCUGUUGCGCAAGAGACGCACUUAGGGUGGAUAUUAUGCGGUAAAUUGAAAACGUUCAAUUGCCACGUCACCUUAUGUGAACUAACUAAGUUCUGGGAGAGCGAGGACAUUAUCACCAGUAACAAAGGUAACAACGAUGAAGACGUAUGUGAAGAAUACUACAAAAACACUGUAAAGAGAGACUCGGAAAAUAAAUACAUAGUAAAGAAGCCAUUAAUUCCUAACUUUGAAGAAAAACUAGGAACAUCAAAAUCAACUGCCAUCUCUCAAUUCUUGCAGUUAGAAAAACGACUCAACAAAGACAAAAAACUCUCCAUAAUGUACCGGGACUUCAUUAACGAAUACAUCAAACUGAACCACAUGAAACCAUCAUGUCCAGCAUCACCUUCGGUUCCAGAGUGCUAUCUUCCGCAUCACGGUGUUCUCCGAGAACACUCUACUACAACAAAACUACGGGUUGUAUUCAACGCAUCGCAAAAAACCUCCACUGGGUUUAGCUUAAACAAUUUAUUGGAAAAGGGGCCAACUUACAUCACGAUAUUCAAGCCCUUCUACUAA